AUGUCCGCCAAAAUUCCGACCAUUGCUGCCAACCGCGUCUCCGACAAGGCGAAGCAAGCGCUGGACACUGUUGCCAAGUUUGUGCAGGAGGAAUGCAUUCCCGCCGAUGCUGUCUUUGAUGCACAGGUCGGCUUCGGUGACGCCCGCUGGGAGGGCCACCCGCAGAUUAUCGAGGAGCUCAAGGAGAAAGCACAGAAGCUCGGCCUGUGGAACCUGUUCCUGCCCAAGGCCCACUACAAGGAGAGCCCCGGCUUCUCCAACCUCGAGUAUGGCCUGAUGGCAGAAUGGAUGGGCCGCUCGCGCACCGCCUCCGAGGCGUGCAACUGCGCCGCCCCCGACACCGGCAACAUGGAGGUGUUGGCCCGCUACGGCAACGACGCCCAGAAGGAGCAGUGGCUGCGGCCGCUGAUGGAGGGCAAGAUCCGGUCGGCCUUCCUCAUGACAGAGCCCCAGGUGGCGUCGUCGGAUGCGCGCAACAUCAAGAUGGAGAUCCGCCGCGAGGGCAGCGAGUACGUGCUCAACGGCCAGAAGUGGUGGUCGAGCGGCGCCGGCGACCCGCGCUGCGCCAUCUACAUUGUCAUGGGCAAGACGGACGGCGCCAACAAGGACCCCUACCGCCAGCAGUCGGUCGUCCUGGUGCCCGCCAACACCCCCGGCAUUACCGUCCACCGCAUGCUCAAUGUCUACGGCUUUGACGAUGCGCCGCACGGCCACGGCCACCUGACGUUCAACAACGUCCGUGUGCCCGCCAGCAACGUGGUGCUCGGCGAGGGACGCGGCUUCGAGAUCAUCCAGGGCCGUCUGGGCCCUGGCCGCAUCCACCACGCGAUGCGCACAAUCGGCGCCGCGGAGCGUGCGCUCGACUGGAUGCUCAUGCGCAUCAACGACCCGCAGAAGACGCCCUUUGGCAAGCGGCUGCGCGAGCACGGCGUGAUUCUGGAGUGGGUGGCGCGGUCACGCAUCGAGAUUGACGCGUCGCGUAUGCUGGUGCUCAACGCCGCGAUUACCAUGGACGAGCAGGGCCCCAAGGCGGCGCUGUCGCAGAUUGCCGAGGCCAAGGUCAUGGUGCCCAACAUGGCGCUGACGGUCAUUGACCGCGCCGUGCAGGCCUUUGGCGGUGCUGGUGUCAGCCAGGACACGCCGCUGGCGGGCAUGUGGGCCAACAUCCGCACGCUGCGGCUGGCGGACGGCCCCGACGAGGUGCACCUGGCGCAGAUGGGCCGCAACGAGAACAAGCGCGGCGAGGCCGUCGCGCAGCAGAUUAAGAGGCAGCAAGCCAAGGCCGCCGAGAUGCUCAAGCAGCGCGGCCUGACCAAGGUCGAACCCGGCACGCGCAUCCAGCACCGGACCAGCUCGCGUCUGUAA